CCAAUAUAUUGUAACUACAAAUAUUUCUUCCUGCCGUCUGAACCCUGCUAUAUACUCUUCUCGUUCAAACCCUUAGAAACUAAAGGCGAAAGUAUAACAUCGAAACUUAAGAAAAAGAUUUGUCUGAAAAUGUCGAUAUUUCCCGGUGGAAACCAACUCAUAUUCCCUGAGAACCUAAACCCUCAGCUGACGGGGCAGACAUGUCUAUACAUGCAUGACUGUGGCGCGCCCGUCAUGACCGGCAAGACCUUCUGCGAUCAGCACAACUGCCUAUGGUCACGAUGCAUCAACGCGCGGGCCAUUAUGAGGGAGCUGCCGGCCAACAUACCACCGGGGUUCUGUGAGGUGCACAAGUGCCAGAUCCUAGCAUGCCAAGCCCCAAAGAUGCUGCGGUCAGAAGUGCACCCCCCGAAGAUAGCCCAGGACAAGCUGAUGCAGAAAGGGUUGAACACAGCGGAGUUGCUAUACCAUGCGCUCGCGAAUACUGGCCCAACAACCCAGUUCCUGCAGGUGCUGAGGGCGAUAAAGGAUAUCGCGACGUACUGCAGGGAGCAUCAGUGCAAGGAGGAUCCCGCGUGCGAAGAAUAUGUUAUGGAUAGGGGUAGUUUCUGUCCGUUGCACGGAGGGAAGUAUAAGUAUGAACCACCGGUGGCUGAUCCUGGUGAGGAUAGGAAUGAGCGGGGACAUCGGCGGCAUCAUCAUGUUCCUCAUCGACGUCGUCAUCGGCACCGUCACCAUUAUCGUGAUUAGUGGUUACAUUAUUCCAUUGUAGAAGACGAUAAUCUAGGACGAUCAGGCCGAGUCGUUACAGUUGUGUUUGAUAAACAAUACAUUCUAAAAAUCCGCACUCUUGUAUAAAAUCUCAUACUCACUGGCGCAGGAAGCUCAGAUCAUGGUAUUGAAUGUUGUGCCGUAUGGUUUACUUCAGACCGUUUCCGAACUCUGGCCGAGUUUCGUGGCUUCCCCUGUUGUUCACUGGUAAAACUGAUGGAUAAUUGAUUCCGAGGCGCGCGAACAUUCGGGUUUCAUUACUUCGCUUGGCGUGAGUGGCAGUGUAUAUGAUUCCGCAAGUCGAAGCUGUAGAGGCUGUAAGCAGUGAUACCCAGAUGGUCGAUGGAGCACGCCGGAGAGCACUUGAUUUUUAAUGGUUCUCAUUGAUGCUUUACAC